GCAAAACCAGCAACAACAACACACAAUGCCAUCACGAAUGUGGAACCUCAACAAAGCCCUGGUCACCUCACUACUCUGCAUCUCGGCGUUGUCGUCGUCGCCAUGGCCAUGCACGGCAGCCGGUCAGCUGGGCGGCAAGCCCCUGGUCACCGCCGUCACCAAGGACGCGUCCACCUCCCUCUACACGGCGCCGCUCAAGGACGGCCACCCGCUCGUCCUCGACCUCACUAGCCCGGUCAUCUCGCUGGCCACGUGCGCCAGCUCCUCCAAGAACAACAACGGCACGCUCACCGCCACGCUAUCCGCCAACGCCACCGACGGCCAGAACCCGCUGUUCCCGGUCUCCUUCUCGGCGGUGGCCACGUGCGCGCCGUCGUCCAAGCUGCCCGCCGGCGCCGGCGCCGUCGGCGUCGCGGGGCUCGCGCCCUCCUCCAGCAGCCAGCAGUCGCUCCCGGCGCAGGUGGCGCGCACGCAGAAGGUCGCCGACAAGGUCGCGCUGUGCCUGCCCAGCGACGGCAGGUCCACGUCGGGCGACAGCGUCGGCGUGGCCAUCUUCGGCGGCGGCCCGCUGUUCUUCGUCCCGCCGGACCGCGGCGACUUCACCACGAUGCUGGCCGGCACGGCGCCGCUCCACGCCGGAGCCGGAGCCGGUGCCCCCGGGUACUACGUCUCCUCCACCGGCAUCGCCGUGGAGCAGGCCCGCGUGGGCGGCCCCCGCGGGGCGCUCGUCGUGGCGCUGAGCUCCACGGUCCCGUACACGGCGCUCCGGCCCGACGUGUACGCUCCGUUCGUCAAGGCGUUCGACGCGGCGGCGGCCGGGCCCAACUUCCCCUGGAUGUCCAGGGUCGCCGCGGUGGCGCCGUUCGACCGGUGCUACGACUCCACCAAGCUCCCGCAGAGUCUGCUCGGCUACGCCGUGCCGCAGAUCGACGUGAUGCUGGAGGGCGGGCAGAACUUCACGGUGCUCGGCGGCAACUCCAUGGUGCAGGUGAACGCCAACACGGCCUGCCUCGGCUUCGUCCAGGCGCCUGGGCAAGCGCCGGCGGCCGUCAUCGGUGGGUUCCAGCUGGAGAACCACCUGCUGCUGCUCGACGUGGACAAGAAGCAGCUCGGAUUCACCACUUUCCUCAACGCAAUCGGGCUUUCCUGCAGCAGCUUCAAUUUCACUCUUGCUAGCUAGUGUGCUGCUGCAUGUAUACUUAACUGUAACAACUUGUACUGCCGUGUAUUACAAAUAAAUAAAUAAAGUGGGAAUAAAUUGAUUGGAGUGUUCCAGCUUCCAAC